AUGGAGCCGCGGCGUCCGAAGCACAAGCAGGCGCCGCCGCUCGAGGUCUCGCAGAAGGAGCUCGAGCGCGCGCUGAAGGAUCCGAGGUCGUACGUGUCCUCGGACUCGGAUGCAGAGCGCGCGGCGUUCCCCAACGGGCGGGAGAACGUCGACCGGUUGCGCGUGGUGCACACGCACAUGUCCAUGGUGUUCCUGCUGCCGCAGCGCGUGUACAAGGUGAAGAAGCAGGUGGACUUCGGCUUCGCGGACUUCUCGACGCUGUUCAAGCGCUUCCAGGCGUGCUUCGCCGAAGUGCAGCUGAACCAGCGACUCGCGCCCGACGUGUACAUGGGCGUCGUGCCCGUGUCCAUGAAGAGGGCGACGAGGGAGAUCUGCGUGCGCUGCGACGACUUUUGGACGCCGGAGAAGAGCGGUAACCUGGACUGGUGGCUGAACGACCAGUUCGGAGAGAUCGUCGAGUGGGCGGUGCACAUGGUGCGGCUGCCGGACGACUGCACGCUGCUGCACCGCAUGGACCACGGCGAGUUGACGGAGAAGAUGUUGGACCAAGUGGCCGAGAGGCUCGUGGACUUUCACGCGGACGCUAGGCGUGGGCCAAAGAUUGAUCAUUUCGGUCGAGAGCCAGUGAUUCGACACAACAUUGACGAGAACUUUCACCAAACGGCCUCGCACACGGGUAUGACGGUCAGUGAGCAGGUGUAUCGUCGCGUGAAGGAGCUGUCGUACACGUGGCUGAAGAAGCUCAAGCACGUUUUCGAGUCACGUGUGGAGAACGGCUAUAUUUGUGAUACGCACGGAGAUCUGCGACUUGAGCACGUCUAUAGACUGCCGCGUUCGGCUGGCAAAAGCGAGCGCUUCGUGAUUUUGGACUGCAUCGAGUUCAAUGAACAAUUCCGCUUCGGAGAUCCGCUCUCGGAUGUAGCGUUCUUGGCGAUGGAUAUUUGGUGGAAGGGCCGUCCCGACUUGGCACGCUUUCUACAGGCGCAAUACCUGCUCAAGACAGUGCAAGACUCGCCGGAGAAUGCUGAUCUCUUCACGUUUUAUACUGCAUAUCGGGCUGUAGUGCGGGCUAAAGUAUCCGGGUUUCGUGUGAUGGACCCUACACUGUCAGCCGUUCAGCGUGUCGAUGAAAUUCAGCGCGCGCAUUGCUACUGGCUGGUGGCACUGGAGCUCCUUAGUCCGCCUGCGCAGCGACCAUGUAUGAUUCUUGUCGGAGGUCUUCCUGCGAGUGGUAAGUCCAACCUGGCAAAAAUGCUGGCUGAAGAUGACAAUACUCUCGUGUGGUUGCGCUCGGAUGCAAUCCGCGAAGGCAGCUUCGAAGAAGGGCUGUACUCCCCCGAAAUGACUCAGCGCACCUACGACGAGAUUCUGAAGCAAUGCGUGAAGCAUUUGCGCAAGGGAGAGCGCGUUGUUGUCGACGCCACGUUUCGCGAUCCCGUUCAGCGGCAGAGAUUCAUCGGAGCUGCUCGCACUGAGGGUGCGUUGUUUGCCUUCAUCAUGUGCGAGUGCGACCGUGAGAUUAUCAAGGGACGAAUGCUGGCUCGGAAAAACGACAUCUCGGAUGCAACUUGGGAGGUGUACGAGUUCAUGGAGAAGUCGUGGCACUUCCCUGAGCGUGACACCAUGGUCGAAUGCAGUGUAGUGAACACGGAGAAGGAGAAAGAGCUGACACUGCGCCGCGCCCAAGUGUUCCUGCGCAAGAUCGGACUGCUCUGA